AUGAACGAAUCCGUUUUUUUGUCUCUAGCAUUGUGUAACCCCCGUUUCUACCGAUUUAUUUGUGAUUCUUUUUUCUUCUUUUCUCUAUCUCUAUCUUUUACUCUCUCUCUCUCUCUCUCUCUCACACCCUCACCUUCUCUGCUUUAUUCUUUCUUCUUCAUCAUGAUCAUCAUCAUGAUCAUCCCCAUCCUCCUCCUCAUCAUCAUUUCUCUUAUUUAUUUUUUAUGCAUUUUUACACGUCUUAUUUCUCCCUCAUUGUUUCUUUUCAUCUUUCGCUUUUUACUUUUCUUCUUUAUUACAAUGUUUUUUUUUAAUAAUUUUAAAUACGUUUAUUUCUUUCCUUCGCAGUCGUUUUACCAUAUUUCUUCUUGUUUGAUCUUCCACUUAUUUAUUUAUUACUUCUUCUUACCACAAUGCAUUCUUUUUCUACAUCAAUUUCCCUCUGUUUUUCGUUAA